GUAGCGGGUGUAUCUUCCAGUCGGAGCUCUACACGAAUACAAAGUGUUCCUCUACUCCGGCUGAACUUGGAGUGUGAACGCUCGCUUUAUUUGAUCCGCUUUAGGCUUGUUGUUGAUCGUCACCGCUUCAUCUGCGCGCGCACACCGAGACUAAACUCCAGGAUGGGAUUCAGGAAGAAGAACAAAAGUCCUCCGGUUCUGAGCCACGAGUUUGUGAUCCAGAAUCACGCCGAUAUGGUUUCCUGUGUGGCCAUGAUUAUCCUGCUGGGGCUCAUGUUCGAGGUUACAGCAAAGUUUGCCAUCAUGUUCAUCACUGUGCAGUACAACGUCACUUCAGCUACAGAUGAGAAGGCGGAGCCGGUGAACUUUUAUCAGUACGGCCCUAAAGACAUGGCCACUGUCUUCUUCUACCUGCUGAUCGCCAUCAUCCUCCACGCUCUCAUCCAGGAGUACGUACUGGACAAAAUAAACCGGCGUCUGCACUUGUCCAAAACGAAGCACAGCAAGUUUAACGAGUCGGGGCAGCUGGCGGCGUUUUACUUAGCCUCGUUCGUGUGGGGUUGCAGCAUCCUGACGGCGGAGGAGUUUGUGACCAAUCCGACAUUCCUGUGGGAAGGUUAUCCUCACACUCGCAUGGCUUUUCAGGUGAAGUUCUUCUACAUCUGUCAGAUGGCGUACUGGUUCCACGCCCUGCCAGAACUUUACUUCCAGAAAGUCCGAAAGGAAGAUAUUCCUCGCCAGCUUUACUACAUUUGCCUUUACAUCUUCCACAUCACCGGUGCCUACGUCCUCAAUCUACACCGGUUAGGUUUGGUUCUUCUGGUUCCUCACUACCUGGUUGAGCUGCUGUUCCACGCGUCUCGUCUCUUCUACUUCAGCAACGAGAACAAGCAGAAAGGGUUUACUCUGUGGGCUCUGCUCUUCGUCGUGGCUCGUCUCCUGACCCUCACCCUCUCGGUCCUGACCUUUGGUUUUGGACUCUCGCGUACAGAUACUCAGGGUUUCUCUCUGUCUGAAGGAAACUUCAACGUUCUCACUGUGAGGAUGACGUGUCUCUCAGCCAUUUGCUUGACCCAGGCCUGGAUGAUGUGGAAGUUCAUCAACUUCCAGCUGAAGAAGUGGAGAGAGCAGAGUCAGGUCCAGAGCAGUAAGAAGAAGACAGUCAGUCCCAAGAGCAGACCCGGCAAGAAGGACUCAUCCCGGGGAGGUUCGGUCAAUGGCGUGAUGAAAGCAGAGGACAAAACAUCACCACGAGCCAGAAAGUCCAAAACCUCAUAGAGGGCAGAGACGAUGCUCUGUGAUUCUCUUUCUCCACUCCAGCUGUAGAAAGAGGUUUUUACUGUCUCCUGAAAGAAGCGCUGAAUCACUCGGACACACCUCCUGACUGCCCGCUGGGCGAGGUGGGCUGAGGGCUGGGUGAAGGGAGUGGUUCCUUUUGCUUUGUUUGGGUUUUUUUUUUUUUGUUUUUUUUUUUUUUUUUAAGUCUGAUUUAUUUUUUAAAGCGCAGCUAAAUCAAAUUCUGUCUGGUUUAUUGUUGAUUGAAUCGAUCGAUCCUGGUGUUUCUGAAGGUGUGCUUUUUUUUUUUGGAGGGGAAACCCUCGUUAAGAAAAAGGUUCUGGUUUCUCUUCUGAGUGGAGAUUUGGUCACUGGUGUUCCCCAGGGGUGUGUAUUAAGACCGCUAAUUUUUAAUCUUUUUUUUCUCCUCUAUCCUUCAGGACUUGAUUAGCAUUUUUUUCUUCUUUAAAAAAGGUCUUCAUCCUCGUCAUCAUCAGCAUCCAUCACUGUGUCUCUGUAAGUGGAGAUUUUCAUCAAGAAAAGAAGUGCCCUUUUUCCAUCAAUGGGUUUUUUUGGCUUGUUGGAAAAAUAUUUGGUGCAAAAUGAGAGUUUUUUUGUUUUGUUUGUGUGUUUUUUUUUUUUUUUUAUCCCAUCCAUGAUCUUUAUUUAUCUUUAUUAAGAGCUCUCCCUAGAGGCCUGGAGGACACAAUGCCUCACUUUUCUCUAUCUGAAACCCCUCUCUCUUUUUUUUAGCAUGUUUUUUUUUUAUUUAUCUUCUGCUGUUUCCAAGCAUCACAGUCAUACAAUUUUGUUUCUUUCUUUUUUCUUGAACUUUUUUCAUUUGAUGUCCAUGAGUUCGUCACGUAGCGCUCUUCCACUGCACCGCGACCGCGCAGUCACUCACUCACCACCCCACACACACGUUUUCACUGCAGGGCACCAACCGCAUCAAACUGAGAUGUGUGGGCGGGGCUAAGAUCAAUGCUGAUCACUGAUUGGUCCGACACUUUAGUGACAGAUUUGCCCUGAUGAUGAUGAUGAUGAUGACGACGUGGUAGAAUAAAUACACACAGCAAAUGAAUUCUGCCUUCAGGAGGAAUUCGGCACUCUGUGAAUGAAACGCUCCUCAGUUGGUCCCCGGGGGUUUUAUUCCUCUUAUUCCACAGCAGUUUAUUUCAUUUAUUACAUUUAAUGUUGCUGAAUCUCCUCAAGGCGAGGCUUUUUU